AUGUUGGUCUCUCGAGCAUUUGGUCUUGUCGCUACUGUGAGCAGCGUUCUCGCACAGACAAUCGUAUACGAAGCUGAAUCUGGUGCUUUGAAUGGCGUCACGGUUGGCACUUCUGUCAUAGGCUUUACCGGUUCGUGGAGUCUCUUAUCUGUCACUGCGUCCGUAUCCUGGAGCAUUCGUAGAGCACAUGUCACUUCAUACGUACAAAACGUCCAAAUUUCCAUGCGGCCGGUUACAAGGUUUCUCAAGCUCACAAGAACAGGGACCGGAUAUGUAGAAGGCUUCGACACUACAACGGAUACCAUCACCUUCAACGUUUCGAGUACCGCUUCGAAACUUUAUGACCUUAGCAUCGUCUACAACGGGCCGUACGGAGACAAAUUCACUACUGUGAUCCUCAAUGGCGUUGGUGGCUCACAAGUUUCUCUCCCAGCGACUACAAACUGGACGACCGUCUCGGCUGGGCAAGUGUUGCUCCAUGCUGGAUCGAACACUAUUCAGAUACAAAAUAAUUGGGGUUGGUAUCUCGUAGAUUCGAUUAAAAUUGCGCCGGCCGCUAAGCGUGGGGCUCACAAAAUCACGACUACGCCUAUCAACAAGAAUGCGAACAGCGAUGCGAAGGCCUUGCUCAAAUUUCUCGGCAACAUCUACGGAAAGAAUAUCCUGUCUGGCCAACAUGAUCAGGCCUCGCUUGACUGGGUUACACAGAACGUCGGCAAAACUCCAGCCAUCGGCGGUUAUGAUUUCAUGGACUACACUGAAAGCCGGAAAGCUUACGGCGCUUCAUCGACGGACGUUGAGAAGGCAAUAGCUUUCGCGAAGAAAGGAGGGAUAAUCACCUUCCAGUGGCAUUGGGGAGCACCAGCAGGUUUGUACAAUACAGCCGAUCAUCCAUGGUACAGUGGCUUCUACACUGAUGCUACCGACUUCAACAUCGAGACGGCCCUUCAGGAUACCACCAACGCCAACUACACCCUUCUCAUUAAUGAUAUUGACACCAUUGCCGUAGAGCUGAAAGAACUCCAGGCCGCAGCGGUGCCGAUCAUCUUCCGUCCACUGCACGAGGCUGAGGGCGCGUGGUUCUGGUGGGGAGCGAAAGGACCAGAACCCGCGAAAAAGCUAUGGAACAUUCUGUACGACCGACUGACGAACCACCACAAAUUGAAUAACCUGAUUUGGGAGUGGAACUCCGUCGCUGCUGCAUGGUACCCAGGAAACAACAAGGUCGAUAUCGUCAGCGCAGACACCUACAACCAAGGGGAUCAUGGGCCGAUUUCCGCCACGUACAAUAGCCUUCUUGCCCUGACAAACGACACUAAGAUCAUUGCUGCCGCAGAGAUCGGAUCUGUAAUGGAGCCCGAUCAGCUGCAGGCAUACCAAGCAGACUGGGUAUACUUUGCAGUUUGGAGCGGGGACUAUAUUUCUGGUGGCUCUUGGAAUAGCUUAGACCUCCUCAAGCGGAUCUAUGUCAGCGACUAUGUGCUGACGCUGGACGAGAUUCAAGGUUGGAAAAAGGCAGAAUCUGCGAGAGCAUGGGACGCAUAG